AUGUACUCUACGUCAAUAAAAUAUAAAUAUUUCAGAGUAAAUUUCUAAGCGAACUUUGUUAUGCAUUUUUAUCAUAAUCACCUCAGUCUUUACUUGUUUAUUAGAGCGAAUUGGAAUCACGAAGUUAGUUAGGAUGUCACAGGAAGCGAAUCUGAGAUAGGAGACAGUGUGAUUUUUCCAUUUUGAGAUGGUGGAGCGAGGAAGUCCAUAGUAGUAAUAUAAUCAAACAUUUAUAUAGACUCUCUGUAUAAAGUUUGAUUUUUAUUAUUCAUUUUUCAUUGGAGACCCAUCUAUUGAUGAUUAGGGUCUUCAUGUUUAUUUAAUAUCAAUCGAAUAAAUUACACUUUCAUCGUAUAUCAGUUUUUAAAAAUAC